GCUAACCAGGGGGCGGGAUUAUGCAAAUCGAGAGAAGGAGCUGAGAGACUCCUACGGACAGGGCAGGACGCGUUGGCUGAGCCUCCUUCCACAGCAUCCACGAUGCAGGCAGAUUCCCUUCUCCACAGCGGCUACUUCCACCCUGUGCUGCGCUCCUGGCAGUGUACAACCACCACCUUCGAUGCCUCUAACCUCAUCUACCCCAUUUUUGUCACUGACAGCCCUGAUGCAGUGGAGCCGAUCCCCAGCCUCCCUGGACAAGCCAGGUAUGGAGUCAACAAGCUGGAGGGGAUGCUGCGUCCCCUCGUUGAGGACGGUCUGAAGUGUGUGCUCAUCUUCAGGGUGCCCAGCAAGGUCCACAAGGAUGAGGAGGGCUCUGCUGCUGAUGCAGAGGACACUCCUGCCAUCCAGGCCAUCAAGAAGAUCCGCUCCACCUUCCCAGAGCUGCUGAUUGCCUGCGAUGUCUGCUUGUGCCCUUACACCUCCCAUGGGCACUGCGGCAUCCUGCGCGAGGACGGCACCAUCCAGAACGAGCUGAGCUGCCAGCGCCUGGCACAAGUGGCGCUGGCCUAUGCCAAAGCAGGCUGCCACAUCGUUGCCCCCUCAGAUAUGAUGGACGGGCGCAUUGCAGCCGUGAAGGCAGCGCUGAUCUCCAAUGACCUGGGCAACAAGGUCUCGGUGAUGAGCUACAGCGCCAAGUUUGCUUCGUGCUUCUACGGUCCCUUCAGGGAUGCUGCUCUAUCCAAACCUGCCUUUGGGGACAGGCGAUGCUACCAGCUGCCGCCGGGUGCCAGGGGCCUGGCCAUGCGUGCUGUGGACCGGGACGUGCGGGAGGGAGCCGACAUGCUGAUGGUGAAGCCAGGGAUGCCCUACCUGGACCUUGUGAGGGACGUCAAGGCUCGACACCCCACGCACCCGCUGGCCGUGUACCACGUCUCGGGGGAGUUCGCCAUGCUGUGGCACGGGGCCCAGGCCGGUGCCUUCACCCUGGAGGCCGCGGUCCGGGAGGCGGUCACGGCCUUCAGGCGCGCAGGAGCCGACGCCAUCAUCACCUACUUCACCCCGCAGCUGCUGCGCUGGCUGCGGGAGGAGGCGGCGGCGGGGCGGGCCUGAGCCGGGCCGAGCUUCCGGGGCGGGCAGCGGCGCUUCCGCGGCAGAGGUGGGUGCGGGACGGGGCUGCCGCUGGGUCCCGGUG